CGGUGGCCCCCUCACAGUCACCGGCCGGUCAAACUCAAACACAAAAGGAGUUUGUAUAUAUGUCCCUGCCAUUUCCAGGUAGGUCACGAGCUGAUGAUACAAAAAUCCAAAAAGACAGAGCAAUAUAAUAAUGCGUUGGUGUCCCCCCUUCCCUUACCCCUAUACCCAAUCCAUCUAUCGCUCUCAUUCCAACUAUUCCUAUUCACUCACUCUCAUGUCCAUAAUAAUUGUCCCCUCUAUCCUUCAUCUCCUUCACAAGCAAAGCAACCCCUCUUACCCCUUGUCAGUUCCAUCAUUACUAAUUCUUCGUAUUAAUAAUGCAUGUAUAUUAUCCUAUUUACACUUUUUCGUAACCUCUCCCCCAUCUUCGUUCCUUUGUUCAUAUAAUUGAGCAAAUUAAAUUCAGUUCUUAUACUAUUCUGCUGCUUGGAAUUAGUUAAUUCUCAAUGACUCGUCUGUUGCGAUCCAAGUCGUAUACAUUUGGCCGUGUCUCUGCUUCCAACUCCUCUGUUCUAGACUUGUCCCCUCGCUGCUCCUCUCUCUAUGACUACGAAGAAGUAGGUGAUGAGGAAGAAGGGGAAGAUGGGUUUUUAAGUCCGGAACAGAGGCAACGGAGUCGGGUUCGGGCUGCUGGUGGACGUCAGAGCAAUCAUAACAACCCCUCUCCAAUUCUGGCGGUAGUUGUGGCGGCGCUCCGGAAGUCGCUGGUGACUUGCAGUGUGGAUAGAGAUGACGUGGCUAACAUGGACAUUGGAUGGCCCACCGAUGUCUGCCACGUUUCUCAUGUCACCUUCGAUCGCUUCGAUGGCUUCCUUGGCCUCCCUAUUGAGCUCCAGCCUGAAGUCCCCCGUAAAGUCCCCAGCGCAAGUGUAAGUGUAUUUGGGGUUUCUGUCCAGUCAAUGCAAUGUUCAUAUGACCUUAGAGGAAACAGUGUGCCAACAAUUCUUCUUAAACUGCAAAGUCAUCUGUAUACUGAAGGAGGCCUGCAAGCAGAAGGAAUAUUCCGGAUAAAUGCUGAGAAUAGUCAAGAAGAAACUGUGAGGAGCCAGCUGAAUAGAGGCAUUGUUCCAUAUGGAAUUGAUGUUCAUUGUUUGGCCGGAUUGAUUAAGGCAUGGUUUAGGGAGCUGCCUACAGGUGUACUAGAUUCUCUAACCCCGGAGCAGGUGAUGCACUGCAACACUGAAGAAGACUGCACCCAACUUGUGAACUUACUUCCUCCAACUGAAGCUGCACUGCUUGACUGGGCAAUCAAUUUAAUGGCAGACGUUGUGCAUAAUGAACAUUAUAACAAGAUGAAUGCAAGGAAUAUUGCCAUGGUUUUUGCUCCAAACAUGACUCAGAUGGCUGAUCCAUUGACUGCACUGAUUCAUGCAGUCCAAGUCAUGAACCUCCUUAAGACACUCAUUAUGAAGACCCUUCGUGAAAGAGAAGAAUCACAUGUGACAUGCCAAAUACAGUCGUCAUGUGCUAAUAUUUCCAGUUGCAUGGUAGAUUAUGUGGAUGGCUAUUCUUGUGAAAAACAAAAUGCUGGUAAACUCUCAAGAAGUGCCACGUUAGACAGAACAGAAUGUGAGUCGGGGGAGCAAUUCUGGAACUGUAAGAGUACAAGUGAUGCUGGAGAGGAAUGUGAUUCUGUUGUGAGGACCUCUCCAGUUGCUCGCAGAAGACAAACACUAGAGAGUAGGUUUAGAGAGGGAUUUGACACUGAGGAGGGUGAGAACACAAUGAUUAGACUUAAUUUAAGGAAGGGAAUGCAAAAGCUAUACAGGCAUCCUGUAUUUCAACUGAGUAAGCCAGUGAAGAAGAGCAGACUUAUCGGGACUGUAAAUAGUAGGAGAGGAGGUGGAGAAGCAUUGGCAUGAGAUGGGUGACCUCAGGAUGGGAUCUGUUAUCUCUUUGAUCGUUAAUAUUUGCUGCAGUUUGUACUAAUAUUGGCAUCAGUAAUGUUUGAUCCAUAAUCUAGUGAGAGAAGCAUUUUAUUUGUAGAGUGUUCCAGGUACUAACUUGUAGUUUGAUGAACAUAUUGAUGAAGAUGUGCUUCAGAGUAUAAUUUGUUACUUCAUUUGCCAGCUACCCUAGAGCAACAACAGCAUUAGGGGAAUUAUGUAUACUUGGUAAUGUUGGACUCUAAUAUUAGAAAUGAGCAGAAAGCAGUAUUGUUUACAUUUAAA